AUGAGCAGUAAUGGAACAGACCUCACCACUGGUUUCAUCGCUUCUAUUGUAGCCAUUGUUUUAUUCGGCUCAAACUUUGUACCACUUAAAAAAUAUGAGACUGGCGAUGGGAUGUUUCUCCAGUGGGUACUCUGUGCUGCUAUAUGGUUGGUUGCCUUGGUGGUAAAUCUGAUACUACAUUGCCCUAAAUUUUGGCCUUUUGCAAUGGUUGGGGGCUGCAUUUGGGCAACAGGUAACAUAGCUGUUGUCCCAAUUAUCAAAACCAUUGGUUUGGGCCUUGGAAUCUUAAUCUGGGGAUCAUUUAAUGCCUUAACUGGAUGGGCAAGCUCAAGGUUUGGCUGGUUUGGAAUGGAUGCGGAAGAAGUGGCAAAACCGCUGCUCAAUUAUAUUGGAGCUGGGCUGUCUGUAGUAAGUGCUUUCAUAUUUUUGUUCAUCAAAAGUGAAAUACCAAAUAACACAUAUUCUGUGGACACCACACCACUGAUAUCAGAGCAUGUGAUUAACAAAGCUCAAGAUCCUGAUCCUGACUGUUCCUGGGUGGAUAAACUUUCCACAGCACAAAGCCGCUUAGUGGGCUGCAGUCUCGCAGUGAUAUCUGGAAUUCUCUAUGGAUCUACAUUUGUGCCCAUCAUUUACAUCAAGGACCACAGCAAGAGAAAUGAUAGUAUAUAUGCAGGGGCAAGCCAGAAUGAUUUAGACUAUGUUUUUGCACACUUCAGUGGCAUCUUCCUCACAAGUACAGUCUACUUUCUGGCCUACUGUGUAGCCAUGAAAAAUAAUCCUAAACUACAUCCUGAAGCAGUCUUGCCAGGGUUCCUGUCCGGAGUCCUCUGGGCGAUCGCCACCUGCUGUUGGUUCAUAGCGAACCACUCUCUCAGUGCUGUGGUCAGUUUUCCAAUCAUCACGGCCGGUCCAGGAUUUAUAGCUGCAAUGUGGGGUGUCUUCAUGUUUAAGGAAAUACAGGGUCGAAAAAACUACCUGCUGAUGAUGCUUGCAUUUUGCAUCAUCUUGACUGGAGCCUUAUGCACAGCUUUUUCUAAAAUUUGA